AUUGCUGACUUGGUGGAGGCUUGUUAGCCUGUUAAUGCAUAGAGUAAAGAAAGUUAAACUUGAAGACGAUACCACAGAAAGUUGGAAAAGAGCGGAGCAGUAAAGCAAGAUGUUGUAUGUAACAUGCAUUCGGUGAUUGCAUACGUGGAUCCAAUUUGACAUGGCCUGAUAAGCGAGGGAAAAAGCUCGGAGGGUUGAAGGCUGGCUAGCCAUGUGUCCGGAAAAGAUAGGCAGAAACUUCAGCAACAACAUCAGAAAUUAGGAUUGUAUACAGGACUCGCAGGCAAAGGUGCACCAGGAGACAUCCAUCAUACUCCUGGUAGAUGUGUCAAACUUCAUUAUAGAAGCAUUAACCUGAAAUUUACACCUGUGAUUGCUCUCAUAAAUUUACAAGCAAAUGACAUGACUUGGAUUUCCACAGAAAGUACCUGUGUAGCAAGGCCUGAAGAGAUGGCUACCGUGGAAGCACUGUCUGAAAGCGCAGAAGUGGUGGAUAUGGAGGAUGCACCCUCCCCAUUCUACGUUGAGAAGCACACAUGGGAUGGAUUGAGAGAGAUAAUCCACAGCAGCAGGAAGUAUCCUGGCAUUAUCAUUAACAAAGCACCUCAUGAUUUCCAAUUCAUUCCAAAAAACGAUGAGUCUGGGCACCACUCGCAUCGUGUCUAUUACUUGGGGAUGCCUUACGGAAGUAGAGAGAACUCUCUGUUGUACUCUGAAAUCCCAAAAAAGGUCCGGAAGGAUUCUCUCUUGCUGCUGUCUUGGAAACAAAUGCUUGAUCACUUCCAGGCGACUCCACACCACGGAAUGUACUCACGGGAGGAAGAGCUUCUGCGUGAGAGGAAGCGCCUCGGCACAUUUGGAAUUACCUCAUAUGACUAUCACAGGGAUAGUGGACUUUUUCUCUUCCAAGCCAGUAAUAGUCUUUUCUUUUGCAAGGAUGGAGGGACAAAUGGUUUUAAUAUAUCGCCAAUGAAGCCAGUAGAGAUUAAAACAAAUUGUUCAGGACCUCGAAUGGAUCCUAAGAUAUGUCCUGGAGACCCAUCCUUCAUCUCAUUUAUAAAUAACAAUGACUUAUGGAUAGUAAACAUUGUGUCUGGUGAGGAGAAGCGAUUAACAUUUUGCCAUAAAGGUUUGCCUAAUGUAAUAGAAGAUUCUAAAUCUGCAGGAGUAGCUACUUUCGUAAUACAAGAAGAAUUUGACAGGUUUACUGGUUACUGGUGGUCUCCCAUAGGAAUUGAAGAUUCAGAUGGCGUGAAAACUUUUUAUCUUUUGUAUGAGGAAGUGGAUGAGUCUGACGUGGAAAUCAUUCAUGUACCAUCCCCUGCACUGGAAGAGAGGAAAGCUGACACCUACAGAUACCCACGAACAGGAAGUAAGAACCCCAAGAUAACACUUAAAUUGUCUGAGUUCAGAGCAAACAGCCAUGGGACUAUCCUGAGUGCGCAAGACAAAGAAUUAGUUCAGCCAUUUGAGAUUCUUUUCCCUGGCAUUGAAUACAUCGCACGAGCUGGAUGGACAAAAGAUGGAAAUUUUGCCUGGGCAGUGUUACUCGAUCGAUCUCAACAGAGACUUCGUUUGGUUUUGAUUCCAACAUCACUAUUUAUUCCUGUAACUAAGGAUGAAAAUGAAAGACUUAAGUUUGUCGAGGCUGUGCCAGAAGCAGUUCAUCCACACAUUAUUUAUGAAGAAGUAACAGAUAUAUGGAUAAAUGUUCAUGACAUAUUUUAUCCUUUUGUACAAACUAGAGAUGAUGAAAUAUCUUUUAUCUGGGCUAAUGAAUCACAGACAGGGUUUUGCCAUUUAUAUCAGAUUACUUCAAUUUUAAAGCCAGGCUGCUACCAAUGGGCAAAGCAAUGUAGUCCAAGCGCAGAUGAUUUUAAAUGUCCAAUCAAAGAGGAGAUUGCACUAACUAGUGGUGAGUGGGAAGUACUGGCAAGACAUGGCUCAAGGAUUUGGGUAAACGAGGCUACAAAAUUGGUCUACUUCCAAGCCACUAAGGACACUCCAUUAGAACAUCACCUCUAUGUGGUCAAUUAUGAAUUUCCAGCGGAGAUAGUCCAACUAACAAAACCUGGCUUCUCUCACAGUUGCUCAGUUAGCCAAAACUUCGACAUGUUCAUCAGCCAUUACAGUAAUGUUAGCACACCUCCCUGUGUUCACAUAUACAAAUUGACGGGUCCUGAAGAAGAUCAUUUGCACAAAAAGCCAGAAUUCUGUGCCAGCAUGAUGGAGGCUGCAGGGUGCCCUCCUGAUUAUGUGCCACCUGAAAUUUUCAACUUCCCUAGCAAAUCUGGUUUCAAGCUCUACGGCAUGUUAUAUAAACCUCACAACCUGCAGCCGGCCCGCAAGUACCCCACUAUCCUUUUUGUAUAUGGAGGGCCACAGGUGCAGCUGGUGAACAACUCGUUCAAGGGAAUAAAAUACCUGAGGUUGAAUACACUGGCAUCUCUUGGUUAUGCAGUUGUAGUGAUUGAUGGCAGAGGCUCCUGUCAGCGAGGUCUUUUAUUCGAAGGUGCCCUCAAAAACAAAAUGGGUCAGGUUGAGAUUGAAGAUCAGGUGGAAGGGCUGCAGUGGGUCGCGGAGAAGUAUGGUUUUAUUGAUCUAAACCGAGUUGCCAUCCAUGGCUGGUCAUACGGAGGUUUUCUGUCCCUCAUGGGUUUGAUCCACAAACCCAAAGUCUUCAAGGUCGCUGUAGCUGGUGCACCAGUCACAGUCUGGAUGGCCUAUGACACUGGUUACACUGAACGUUAUAUGGAUGUUCCAGAGAGUAAUCAACAGGGUUACGAAGCUGGUUCAGUGGCACUUCAUGUUGAUAAACUACCCAAUGAGCCCAAUCGUUUGCUGAUUCUGCAUGGAUUUUUAGAUGAAAAUGUGCACUUUUUCCACACAAAUUUCUUAGUAUCACAACUAAUCAGAGCUGGAAAACCAUAUCAGCUUCAGAUUUACCCCAAUGAAAGACACAGUAUUCGCUGCCCUGAGUCUGGAGAGCACUAUGAAAUAAUGCUGCUACACUUCCUACAGGAAUACCUCUGAGAAAACAAACAAACCACAAUGAAAGAAAUGCUUUUGGACAGUUGCUGAUAUUCGGUUCCUGGUGACUUGCUCUCUGUCAAACAACAUUCUCCAUGCCCCCGUCCCAUAUAUCCUCAGUCCUAGCUACAACAGUUCAGCGUUUUUUUUUGCAACUUCCUUUCUGAACAAUGUGCGGAUACUACAGUGAUCUCACUGAAUUGAUUUUAAACUGUGAUUUGAUAAGACUGAAACCUAACAUUGUUACUUUGGUUUAAUUUAUGUGUUAAUGGUACAGUGUGGAAUCAGCUAAUUCACCUAAACUGUACACUGGCAUUGAUUUCAACUUUUUGUACAUGCCUUGAAAACUGCACGAUUGUGGGAGAAAAAAAGAAAUGAUUAAAGCCAAAUGAUUAUUCGCGGCUUCAAAAGACACAUCCAGACAUGCUGCUGUGAAUUUGAAGUACCACUUUGCAAAAAUAAGAACAAGCUUCAGUUGUUCCGAUUAGCCGCCAUUUUUCUAAAAUGCAUCUCCAUAGGAACUUAAGUUCUCAUCAUUCAGUUAAAGACUGAGUUUUAACCUCUGCAAGCUGCACCACCCAAGAAGUGUGUUUCAGGGCAGGAGCCAACUACAACUUUGCUGAGUAUUCAAAGUGCGUAUUAUUAAAAGAAAAUAUUUUUAUGGAUUCUUAUUCUUUUAUAAUGAGUGUAUGGCAUUGUAACUCAUUAAAACGAUUGUAACGCUUAA